AUGCCUUUGCCAAAGUCGCUUCGCGGUCCUGUGCGCCCGGCCACGUCAACGCGCCAGACGCUGCGGAAAAAGUGCCGCGCCUGCAAUCACCUCGACCCGAGGGGCCACACGAGCUCCGUGUACGAUGAUGAAUCGGCCAAAGAGCCUCGCGCCAGUCUGAGCUUGGUCGUGGAUGCGUUGAGCCUGUCUCGUGUCAAGGAGAGUGCAUAUGCCUUCUUCAGUGGAUGGAGAGGCGCACGAAUCAAGGUGCACGUCGAUAUCAAAGAGAAGGGCACGAUUAAGAUUACGCUGGGCGGUGAGCGCUGGAAGAAUGAGAUUGCCGAGAUCUAUGCCGGCCCAGCUUCACGGCCUCCAUGGCCAACUCUAGGCACUGCACACCAUAUCCCGAUUAACUCGGGGUCUGAUGACACAUUCAACUUCAUUCGGCGCUGUAUACAGGGCUGCAUCGGAAAUCCAAAACAUAGAGCUUGCAAGUUGUCCUGCCCGUCCACUGUCUCGCCUCCUAAGCGUCUUCUUGACGUAGGCAAAAGUGCGUCGCCCGUUCGCCUCAUCGACACGCACGGCAGACAUUUCCAGUAUGCAGCUCUCUCGCAUUGCUGGGGAGCCCAUCCGCCGCUCGUUGCUACAAAGUCAAACUGGGCGAAGCUGGCAGUCAACAUCGCUUUCGAUGUGUUCCCGCCGCUGUUUCAAGAUGCAAUCAUCAUUACGCGCCAGCUGGGCCUGCGGUACCUGUGGAUCGACAGUCUUUGCAUCAUCCAAGACUCAGUCCGGGACUGGGAAACAGAGUCGUCGAAAAUGGGCAGCAUCUACCAGAACAGCUAUGUCACCAUUGCGACAACCCAGUCUGCAGACAGUAGCGCACGGUGUCUGGUCGAGAGACGGAAGCCUGUCAAGAUCGUAUACCAGAACACGAGUGGAAAGGAAUUCACACUGAGAGCGAGGAAGAUCUUGGAUCAUCACCCAAGCCAUGCGCCAAACGGAGGCCCUGCGAAGCCAGUCGGUCCACUUACGUCUCGCGCAUGGGCUCUGCAGGAACAUGUUCUCAGCACAAGGAUACUGCACUACACAGCUACGGAGCUGCUGUUCGAGUGCAAGACAUCGUACCGCUGUGAACGCAUGCCUGAGCGCAAAUCGUAUCCCACAACGCCAUCUCUGAUCCCAAAAGCCGUCGCCAGCAAGAAGACCGACGCCGUGUGGCAGGCAUGGCAACGCAUCAUCGAGCACUACACCACGCGCCACCUGACGGUUGCCGCCGACAAGUUCCCUGCCAUCUCGGGCAUUGCUUGCAAGAUCCGAAAAGCAACACAUUCCGAAUACCUCGCAGGGCUGUGGAAGUGCAACUUGGCUUCCGACUUGUUAUGGCGUGUGACUCGGCCAGCGUCGCGCGGCGCAAACGACCUUGCACUAGACAAGUGGCGCGCGCCUUCGUUCUCCUGGGCGAGCUUAGAUGCACCCGUUACAUACACGCUGCUAGACGAGGAAGAGCGCGAAACAUUCAAGUCCCUGAUCACGAUUGUCGCUUGCAAGAUUACGCCCGUCGGACUCAACCCGCUGGGUGCGAUAUCAGACGGAUCUGUGACUCUACGCGGCCCUACCAUCGCUUGCACAUUGUCCUCACAUCAAGAUCACGGGGAAUGGGGCUAUGAUGUUGCGAUCAAGGGCACAACCCCGAUCCGCAUGAUGCACGACUGCUUGCUGGCUGAAGAAGAGGUUGACACUAGUCAGGGAGAAAAGCCACAGACGGUGCGGCGAGCGCGGGCCAGCGACACCAUACGUCAUUUUGAGACACCUGUACUAUGUCUAAGCCUUGCGAGGUAUGACAGCAUUGUCGCCGGUCUGGUGCUGGGGGUCUCGGCUCGGAACCAUGGUGCGUGGGAGCGACUGGGCACGUUUGCAGUAGGCACCGAAGCGGCACAGGAGAGCGAGGAGAAGGAAAUCCUUCUUGUGUAGACUCUGAGGGAUUGGCAAAGGGGGAGGCUUCAAAGUCUCUAUUCUGGGAGUGUCGUUUGCUCGUUCGCAGGUACGUAUGCGCUGACAUCAUGUGCUCUAGCGUUCCGAAGUCCGCCAUGUCGCUCUGCUAGUAGGGCUGGCAGCGAGAUGAGGAUCGCCCGAGGAGAGUAUUGCCAAUAACAGAAUGUAGUGGUGUUAGAGAGAGUUUAUGUUGUCUAUCUUUGGGUCGAGCAGUAUAUCUCGAUGCUUGGAACAUGGAAUAGCAUCUUUU